AUGAAGCCAGCUACCACUCUCGUGCUGCUUGGGGCAGCCUUGCUCUUGAUCUCAGGCGGAAAUGGUGAAAUGUGCUCACCUGUGAAAGAGGAUGUGGAUCUGUUCCUGCAUGGAACCACUGAUGAAUACAUUAAUUACAUGAAGAAAUACAUAAGUAACCCUGAAAUACUGGCCAUUGCUGCAUCUGUUAAGGAAUGUGUUGAUGCCAAUUUGACAGAAGAGGAUAAGGCGAAUGCAUCCAGUGCAUUGGAGAAAAUAUACUCAAGCCCGUACUGUUAAAUCACCCAGCCUUACCAAGAGACCCACGGAAGCCGGGUGCCUGCCCACCAUGUAGUCUCAACAGCCCACCACGUCCCGGUGUCUGAACAGAGGAU